AUGGAGGAAGGUAUUCUUCCUCCGAGCACGAAUCUCGAUGCACCACCCGAUGCCUUCAUGGAUAUGGACUACAUGGAUGAACUCUUACUAGAAGGGUGUUGGCUCGAAACAAACGGAUCCGAGUUCUCGCAAUUCAAUCCCUCGACCCCCAUCUCCCCUUUCGAGCCCUCAUUCCCGUGGCCCGCCCUUGAAUCCAAUGAAGGCCCGUCUAAAGUUGACCAACAAGAAGAAGACAGGCAAACGUCAUCUUUUCCCGAAAAUCUAUCCAUCAGCCAAUAUCCUUCAGAGAAUGCUCCUAAUCUCAUCCCCCGGCUCGAAAAUGGUUUGGUCGAGGCCCGAAAGUAUUGGAUUGGGCCUAGGCCGUCAAUCACGGUGGUGGACCGGUUGAUUCAAGCUCUGGGCCACAUAAAGGAGCGGUCGAGGGACAAGGACAUGCUCAUACAGGUGUGGGUCCCGAUUACCCGAGAUGGGAAGCGUGUGCUUACCACGUACAACCAACCGUUCUCCCUCGAUCUAAACUGCCCGCCGAGGCUGGCUCACUACAGGGACAUAUCCGUCAAUUUCCAGUUUGUUGCUGACGAGGAUUCUAAGGAGGUUGUGGGGCUGCCCGGAAGGGUUUUCAUGAACAGGGCACCCGAGUGGACGCCAGAUGUCCGUUUCUUCACGUGCGACGAGUACCCGAGGGUCGGGCACGCGCAGCGAUUUGACGUGCGGGGCACGCUUGCUGUGCCGGUGCUGGAGGAGGGGAGCCGGAAUUGUUUGGGUGUAAUCGAGGUUGUCUUGACCAAGCAGAAGAUACAGUAUAGGCCGGAGCUUGAGAGUGUCUGUGAAGCUCUUGAGGCUGUUAAUCUCAAGAGUGCUAACGUUACAAAUACGAAGAACCUCAAGGCAACCGAUUUACCUUACCAACCCGCACUGCUCGAAAUCCUAGACGUCCUGAGAUCCGCAUGCGAAAUCCACGGCCUCCCGCUUGCCCAAACAUGGGUCCCGUGUUCUUCCGGGGGCCAAGGCGUGUGCUGGUGCUGCCCGGACGGGGGCUCGAAUAACUGCAUCUCUCCUGUGGAGCCCGCCUGCCACGUGGCGGACCCACACGUGCGGGGCUUCCACGAGGCGUGUGCCGAGCACCACCUGUUGAGGGGCCAGGGUAUCGUCGGCAAAGCCUUUUGUACAAACCAGCCGUGCUUCGUGCCUGACGUGUCUGCCUGUAGCAAAACCGAGUACCCGCUGUCCCACCAUGCACGCAUGUUCGGGCUCCGGGCGGCUGUCGCCAUACGCCUGAGGAGCGUCUUGACCGGCCCUGCUGAUUUUGUCCUUGAGUUCUUCCUGCCCAUGGGCUGUGUGGCCCACGAGGACCAGAAGAAGAUGCUCAACUCCCUUUCCAACACAAUCCAAGAAGUUUGCCUGACUCUGCGUGUUGUCACGGAUGAAGAGCUUCGGGAGGAGGAGAAUUGUGCGGGAGAACGGGAUACUGGGAGUGGAAAAUCGGUGGAAGGAUCCGGGGAGGGAUCAUUGGCCGGGUUGGGUCAGGUCGAGUCUGGUUCAAAUGUAGGAUUCGGGCUUGUCGAGAAUAAUGCGUCGACGUCUAGCGACAGGAGCUUGCUGUAUGCUAACAGAACGGGAGAAAAGAGACGGACCAAGGCGGAGAAGACUAUCACGUUGGAGGUGCUCAGGCAGCACUUUGCUGGGAGCUUGAAGGAUGCUGCAAAGAAUCUUGGUGUUUGCCCCACCACCUUGAAAAGGAUAUGCCGACAGCACGGGAUCCAACGGUGGCCGUCCCGAAAGAUCAAGAAAGUGGGCCAUUCCUUGCAGAAGAUCCAGCGCGUGAUCGACUCUGUCCACGGUGCAUCCGGCGUCGUGCAAUUCGGUUCCUUCUACUCCAACUUCCCUGAGCUCGCAUCCCCAAACACAUCCCAAACGGCCCCCAAAACCUCGGCCCACGAGCUGAGGCCCAAUGAUGGUCACCCGCCCGACCCUGAACUCCCGCCAUUUGCAUCCCAAUCCCCUUCCUCCUCCUGCAGCCAGAACUCGAGCUCAAGCCAGUGCUACUCGAGCGAGGCCCAGCCCAACUGCUACCCGCUGAUAGUUCCAUGCCCUGAAGCCCCAGCAGUCAAGGACGAGCCCUUUCAAGGCCCGAUAAACAUUUCCAGGUCCCAGAGCCACCCAUCGAUUUGUGGGCCCGAGGAGCCUGAGAUAGUCGGGGCCCGGGAAACGGGCGGUCAAAGGGUGAAAGUCAACUAUGGGGAGGACACGAUCAGGUUCCGGAUGCAGAUCGGUUGGAGCUACAAUGACUUGCUGCGGGAGAUCACGAGACGGUUUGGUGUGGGUGACGGGCCCACUGCAGGCUCGUUUCAUCUCAAGUAUUUGGAUGAUGAUGCCGAGUGGGUCCUGCUGACGUGUGACGAUGAUCUGGAGGAGUGCAUCGACGUGUGUCGCUCGUCCGGGGCCAACAUGAUCAGGCUCUCGUUCGUCCCGGUCUCGCAGUCCCAGUCAGCCGGGAGGUCGCUCGGGAUUAGAGAUCCCUUUUCAUUGUAG